UAACUCUCUCUCUCUCUCCAGUACUUGUUUCUGUGUUGGGUUCAAUCAGCCGUAAAACGCCCACACUGCCAGUAACAAAAUCUGUCAGAAAGAUAACGGUUUUCACUUUUAUUUCAUCUACCAGCAUCUCAAUUUCACUAGAUCUCUGUAACAAUGAUCACCGGCCAUGAUUUCUACACCGUUAUGUCGGCGAUGGUGCCCUUGUACGUCGCCAUGAUACUCGCUUACGGCAGUGUUAGGUGGUGGAAGAUAUUCACCCCUGACCAGUGCUCCGGCAUCAAUCGUUUCGUUGCCAUUUUCGCCGUCCCUUUACUCUCCUUUCACUUCAUCUCCAUGAACAAUCCUUACGCCAUGAAUUUCAGGUUCAUCGCCGCCGACACCCUCCAGAAAAUUAUCAUGUUGGUGGUGCUUAGUCUAUGGGCUAAUUUCACCAAGAACGGGAGUCUGGAAUGGAUGAUAACCAUCUUCUCGCUAUCCACUCUCCCUAACACGCUCGUAAUGGGGAUUCCGCUGCUGAUUGCCAUGUACGGUGAAUAUUCCGGAUCUCUGAUGGUUCAGGUGGUGGUGUUGCAGUGCAUCAUAUGGUACACUCUGCUUCUUUUCUUGUUUGAGUAUCGUGGCGCCAAGAUGCUCAUAAUGGAACAGUUUCCAGAAACCGCUGCCUCCAUUGUCUCCUUCAAGGUCGAGUCUGACGUCGUUUCGUUGGAUGGCCAUGAUUUCCUUGAAACCGACGCGGAGAUCGGAAACGACGGAAAACUCCAUGUGACCGUGAGGAAAUCAAACGCAUCGAGAAGAUCACUCGGGCUUGGUUCCCUCCCUGCAAUGACUCCACGGCCGUCGAAUCUGACAGGGGCGGAAAUCUACAGUUUAAGCUCCUCGAGAAACCCAACACCCAGAGGCUCUAACUUCAACCACUCUGAUUUUUACUCUAUGAUGGGUUUCCCCGGUGGCCGGUUAUCGAAUUUUGGGCCGGCGGAUAUGUAUUCCGUUCAGUCAUCAAGAGGUCCGACGCCCAGACCGUCGAAUUUUGAGGAGAGUACAGCUCCUGGACCUUUAAAUUCUCCGAGGUUUGGAUCUUACCCAGCGGCGGCUCAGCCCUCAUCUUACCCGGCGCCGAACCCGGAAAUUACAUCCACCGUAACGAAAACUGCAAAAGCCCUACAACCACCACAUACGCCGCCACAACCAAAUGGUUCACAAAACAAGGGUAAGAAUGACGACAAAGAGCUUCACAUGUUCAUCUGGAGUUCCAGUGCGUCGCCGGUUUCCGAAGGCGGUGGGCUCCACGUGUUCGGCGGUAAUGAUUUCGGAGCUACAACGGAACAGUCAGGUCGACUGGAUCACGACGACGCCAAGGAAAUCCGGAUGGUAGUCUCCUCCGAUCACCACCAAUACGCCGAAACGAAGGGGGCGGGAGAAUUCCGGCGGGAUGACUUCAGUUUCGGUGGUGGCAGAGAUGGAGAUGAUGAAAGAGAUAAAGAGGGUUCUGCUGGUCUAAACAAACUGGGAUCGAGCUCCACGGCGGAGGUCGGUCCUAAGGAGAUGCCGGUUCUUGACGGAAAUACCGGAAAACAGAUGCCGCCGGCGAGUGUGAUGACCCGAUUAAUAUUGAUCAUGGUUUGGCGGAAACUGAUCAGGAACCCGAACACGUACUCCAGUCUCAUUGGUCUAAUCUGGUCUCUCGUGUCGUUCAGGUGGGAUUUGGCAAUGCCCAAAAUAAUUGAGAAGUCCAUCUCGAUACUCUCCGAUGCGGGUCUUGGAAUGGCCAUGUUUAGCUUAGGUUUGUUUAUGGCACUACAACCAAAGAUAAUAGCUUGUGGGAAUUCCGUAGCUUCGUUCGCUAUGGCAGUGAGGUUUUUGACGGGACCAGCGGUUAUGGCAGCGGCUUCCAUCGCCGUUGGCCUUCGUGGAACCCUCCUCCAUGUCGCUAUCGUACAGGCUGCACUUCCCCAAGGGAUUGUCCCUUUUGUCUUUGCAAAAGAAUACAACGUUCAUCCUGCAAUUCUCAGUACUGCGGUUAUUUUCGGGAUGUUGAUUGCGUUACCGAUAACGCUAGUGUACUACAUCAUUAUGGGGUUGUGAGAUUGAAGAUGAAUUUGAAGGUUAGAAUUGAUGGAGACUUGAAUGGAAUUUUUGAAAGGCAAAUGGAUGAUGCUUCUCCCAAAAUCUCUUUUAAUAGGGUAGAUGAUGAUGUUCAAGGAAUGAGGGAGGGAGACAAACAGGAGGAGAUCCAAAUUUAAUCUUUUUUUUU